AUGGGAUUUAGCUGGAAUCUUUGCAAUUGUGAAGCAUGGAUCUUGAAUAUGGAAAUUGUUGGGCCAAUUCCAAGAAGGAUUCAUGGAGGACAACUUUGCUACAUUCAUCACUCUGAAACAAACGAAGAGAUUUUUGGGGUUCUUUCUUUUGUUUUCUGGACAUUAACCCUUGUCCCUCUUUUCAAAUACGUGUUCAUAGUCCUCCGAGCUGAUGAUAAUGGCGAAGGUGGUACUUUUGCUCUUUAUUCGUCGAUUUGCCGGAAUGCUAAAGUGAGCCUGUUACCAAACCGACAAGUGGCUGAUGAAUCGUUAUCUACAUAUAAACUUGAGCAAACUCCCGAGAGAAAAAACAACACAAAAGUGAAAAUGUUGCUUGAAAAAUACAAGUUUUUGCAUACUGCUUUGCUAAUUUUGGUUCUUCUUGGCACCUGUAUGGUGAUCGGAGAUGGACUCCUUACUCCGGCGAUAUCUGUUUUUUCUGCAGUUUCUGGGCUUGAGUUAUCUAUGUCCAAAGAUCACCAUCAAUAUGCAGUAAUACCCAUUACUUGCUUCAUAUUAGUGUGUCUGUUUGCACUACAACACUACGGGACACAUCGAGUUGGGUUCUUUUUCGCGCCCAUUGUGUUAUUAUGGCUUAUUUGCAUAAGUGCCCUUGGAGUAUACAAUAUCAUUCAUUGGAAUCCAAAAGUCUAUCAAGCUCUUUCACCUUAUUACAUGUUAAAGUUCUUCAGGAAGACCAAAAAACAAGGCUGGAUGUCUUUAGGAGGGAUUUUACUAUGCAUAACAGGCUCAGAAGCUAUGUUUGCCGACCUUGGUCAUUUCUCUUAUGCUGCAAUUCAGAUCGCGUUCACUUUUCUGGUUUACCCUGCGCUCAUACUUGGUUACAUGGGUCAAGCGGCUUACUUAUCAAAGCAUCACGAGAUGAACGAUAACAUCAGCUAUUACGUUUCGGUGCCAGAAAGUUUGAGGUGGCCGGUGCUUGCAAUUGCGAUUCUUGCUUCUGUUGUGGGAAGCCAAGCGAUCAUCAGCGGGACAUUCUCAAUCAUCAACCAAAGCCAAUCACUCGGUUGCUUUCCAAGAGUCAAAGUCGUGCAUACGUCCGAUAAAAUUCAUGGUCAAAUCUACAUACCGGAGAUCAAUUGGAUACUCAUGAUCCUAUGUAUCGCUGUCACCAUCGGUUUUCGUGAUAUCAAACACAUGGGAAAUGCAUCUGGAUUGGCGGUAAUGGCGGUGAUGCUUGUGACAACGUGCCUCACAUCAUUAGUAAUCAUUUUAUGUUGGCACAAACCGCCAAUUGUCGCGUUAUUUUUCCUAUUAUUCUUCGGUUCAAUUGAGUUACUCUACUUCUCGGCUUCCCUAGUCAAAUUCCGUGAAGGUGCAUGGCUACCAAUCCUACUCGCCCUCUUCCUAGUCACCAUAAUGUUCGUAUGGCAUUACGCGAGUGUUAAAAAAUACGAAUACGACCUUCACAAUAAGGUCUCGUUAGAAUGGCUCCUAGCCUUGGGUCCCACUUUAGGCAUGUGUCGUGUACCCGGGAUCGGGCUCGUGUUCACCGAUUUAACCUCGGGGAUCCCUGCAAACUUUUCGCGGUUUGUCACAAACCUUCCAGCGUUCCACCGUAUUCUAGUGUUCGUGUGCGUGAAAUCGGUACCCGUCCCGUUCGUCCCUCCGGCCGAAAGGUACCUAUUGGGCCGUGUGGGUCCCGCGUCCCUUCGAGCUUAUCGGUGCAUCGUGCGGUACGGGUACCGCGAUGUGCAUCAAGAUGUGGAUUCGUUCGAGUCUGAUCUUGUUAAACGGUUAGCCGAUUUCAUCCAUUAUGAUUGGUGCCGCCCGCGGGCGAGCAGUGCCGGUGAUCACGCGGGGGCUUCCGAUCGGUCCUCUGGCGAGCACCGACUGGCGGUGAUUGGAAACUUUGAUGUGGAUGAAAACAUGCAACAAGAAAGUGUGUCACUAGGGUUCCAAACGGUUGAGAGCAUAGGGGAUAUAAUUGAGAUGAGUUCACCAAAAGAGAGACGGGUGCGAUUCACGGUUGAUGAUAAUGAUGAGUCGGAAAAUUCGAGCUCACCGGAUGUGCAAAUGAGGCGUGAGCUUGAAGAUUUGUUGGCGGCUCAACAAAGUGGGACCGCGUUUAUUCUCGGGCACUCGCAUGUGAAAGCAAAACAAGGGUCGUCUGUUUUUAAAAGAUUAGCGAUUAAUUUCGGGUAUAAUUUCUUAAGAAGGAAUUGUCGGGGACCGGAUGUCGUGUUGAAAGUGCCUCCGGCAUCUUUGUUGGAAGUUGGCAUGGUUUAUGUUGUAUAAACUUAGUUUGUGUAAUAACUAGUUUAUGUUGAUAAUAUCAAAAUAUGGAAGAAAUGGUGUUCCCAAAUUGGGUAAAUGUUUACUUUUCACUUAACAGGCUUUAUAAGAACAGAACUUAAAUGUUGUUUCUUCAAAUAUUAUUUAUCCAAACACAAC